AAAUCUGCACUGCGUUUUACCUGUGUGGCAACCCCUGGAUCAUUUCCUGCAGACAUCUGUCGCUCUGUGUUUAUAUCCAAUAUCUGCUUGUGAGUCAGUCCCAGGACUAUCCCUGCCAUCCAGACAACUACACCAUCAUCACUAAUUCAGGUUAACAGAUUUUUUGACCUCCAUUGUUAGAAGAAUGGAUCGUUUCUCAAGAGGAUUAAUGAUCGUGGCCAUGUGUCUGGCUGUCAGUGUUUCUGUUGUGACAGGCCUCCAGUGCUAUAUGUGUCAGUACAGGAAAGCAAAUCCAUCGAGUGGAGAUGUGGAGACAGCUCUUUCCGAUGUGCAUUCUACCGACAAAUGCAUUGGGAGUAUCACCAGUAUCAUGGGGAGUAUCACCAAUAGCAUGGGGAGUAUCACCAAUAGCAUGGGGAAUAUCACCAAUAGCACGGGAGGUACCAAUAACACGGCGGUUAUGAUUACUGUUGAAGACUGCCCUCCUCCUGGGGCAGGAAAGAAGGCGAUGUGUGGCAAAGUGAAAGUCACAGCGGAUGCUUCUGUCGCUUCAACUGACGUGGAACUUACCACCGUUCUGCGUGGAUGCCUUGAAGAAUCCUCAGAUACCAGUGAUGGUUGUAACCAGCCCGAUGACACAGACAAAGAAAACUUAAGGAGGAUAUACGGUCGUGCAGCGACCAUCUCAUCAGUUGAGGGUGAUGUCUGCAAAUGCUCCAGUGACCUAUGUAACGGUCAACAGAAGGUCACCGCGGAGAAACUAUGUUGGUUGGCCGAACUCUUCUUGGUAUUCUGUGCUCGCCGCAUGUGGUGAACGCAGACCAUUAUUUAAAAUAAAGCUAGAGUAAACCAUACACUACGUGAAAAAAUGCGAUCACCAGUUAUCAUUUAUCAAGCUGAAAUUCUCUUAGCCGAAAAUGAGCCAGCUUUCCGCCAGCUUUUAUUUGACAAUAAAAGCGGAUAUUUUGGUUUUGCUAGAGCUUCGUUAUUUUAAUAGAAAAGCCACCGGAAAUUUGAAAUUAUCUUCAAGAGAUCAAUGUGUUCACGGUAAAUGCGAAAAUAUUCCACUUACGAUUUCACACAGUUUCAUUCCUGCUUUGAAAUAUUAUAUAGAUUAGGCAUUUUCAGAUAUCGAUUUAAAAUCUAGACUGAUCACAUUGGUUCGUUUACUAUUUAUCUUAUCUGUGGAGAAUACAUUGUUCUGGAUUAAUUUGAAAUAAAGAAAUAAUAAGGAUUACGCUAGAGUGUUAUUAGAUAAUCUGUUAAAUUUUAUUAUGAGAUAUUUUGAUAAAUAGUCCUCAGUGAUAUAAUGUAACAUAAUACAUGUAGCCAUAUGUAACGAGCUAUAAAGCUCCUCAUGGAGAAUUGUGUAUAAAUAACCAGCAGGUAAUAACGACUAUAACGACAUCUCUCAAACUCACUUCCACGCUUUGUUGUUUUUCAGAUGUUUUUUUCAAUAAAACUUUACAUAAA